UUUAUUCCUUCUCCCUGACAUUCCCUUCCGCCAAACUACCACCCCUCUUAUAUUUUGUCGAAAUGAGCGAGGCUGACAAGAACCAGCCCCAGCAGGUUGCAGAUGAGCCGACCGAACGGUUUGGAGAUGGGUCAAAUGCGGCCCUGGAUGCGCAGGCAGCGCUGGUGAUGAAGAAGAGCUUCCUGGACGACGCCAUCGACGGGAUUCAGCUGGGCGGCGUGACGAUUCUGCUCCUGAGCUUCUUCAUCAUCUCGAUCCUGGGCUCGAGCCUGCCGAUAAUCUUCCCAGUCACCAAGCCAGUCUACAGCUUUGUCGUCGGCAUCCCCGACUUCUUCCUGGGCAUCCCCGGCUUCCUGGUCGCUGUCUGGGACAACCUGCCGACGUCGCCCGAGGCUGCCCUGCGGCUCUUUGCUAGCAUGUCCGAGGCCUUCAGGCAGAGCCUGCACGAGGUUCCGUACAAGGAGUGUGUGCUAUUCUUCUCGUGGGCGACAUACCUGUGGGAGGCUAACCUGGAUGUGCGGCAGCGCGACAGAUUGCACGAGGUGAGGCGUCCCCUGGCCAUUUCGUCGUUUGUGUCGCGCCAGGCGUACCUGGAGGCGAAUGCCUACGGCCUGGACAAGAGCAGCCUUGAGCUGGUGAAGAACCUCGUGUCGCAGAUCCAGACAUCGCUGAUUAUCGCUUACGAUGCGAUUCCGUGGCUCUGGAAUGUAUCUGGCAGUCUGCUGGAGAACACUACUGGAUAUAGUGGCGAGAUUGCGCACUCGCUGGUGUUCUUUGUGGCUGCAACCCUCAUCUCUACUGUGCUGAGCCUGCCAUUCGACAUGUACUCGACGUUUGUUGUUGAGCGCAAGCACGGGUUCAACAAGCAAACCAUUGGUCUGUUUGUCAGCGACCUUGUCAAGACGCUUCUGCUGACGGUGGUGCUAGGCAGCCCUGUGCUGGCGCUGUUCCUGUGGGUGAUCGGGAAGACGGGUUCGCAGUUCUACCUGUACGCGUGGGCCCUGCUCGCCGUGGUCCAGCUGAUUGUGAUUGCGGUGUACCCGACCUUCAUCCAGCCGCUGUUCAACAAGUUUGACCCGCUGCCCGAGGGCGAGCUCCGCGUUGCUAUUGAGGCGCUGGCGUCGCGCCUGGGCUUCCCGCUGAAGAAACUCUAUGUGGUUGAUGGCAGCAAGCGGUCGAGCCACAGCAACGCCUACGUGUUUGGUUUCUUCAAGAGCAAGCGCAUCGUGGUGUUUGACACCCUCAUCAGCCAGUGCACGACCGAGGAGAUCGUGGCCAUCAUCGGCCAUGAGCUCGGCCAUUGGAAGCGCAACCACAUUCUGCGCAUGCUCAUGGCAAUUCAGAUCCAGACGUUCAUCAUCUUCUUCACCUUCAGCCUCUUCAUUGGCGAAGUUGCCAUGUACCACUCAUUUGGAUUCUCAUCGACACCAGUUCUGAUCGGAUUCAUGCUGUUCCAGUAUCUGUACCAGCCGCUGGACAGCGUCCUGUCGUUCUGCACGAACGUGCUGUCUCGCACAAACGAGUUUGAGGCCGAUGCCUUCUCAAAGAAGCUCGGGUAUGGCGAGCAGCUGCGCUCCGGACUGAUCAAGCUGCAGAUUGAAAACAAGGGCAACAUGAACCCCGAUUAUCUGUACUCGGCCUACCACUACUCGCACCCGCCUCUGGUUGAGCGUCUGAACGCCCUCAACGACCCGAAUGUGGCACCCAAGACCGAGUAGCAUAUUUCAAGAAACUCCAUGCUUUAAAAAAAAAAAAAGGAAUGAAA